GGUUAAUCAGUGGUACGUCAACAGUCGAAUCAUCUCGAGCAUUGGGAUAAGAUGGUGCGCGUGGUGGAUUUUGGUUUAGUGGUUCCGGAUAAGACGUUCGAAAAGGGGUUUGUCGUGAGCAAUGAGGGGUCGAAGCCGGCAGCUUUCGAGGCUUCAACAACAGCAGCUGCUGUCGAACACUCCGAGAACGAGGAGGAGCACAUCGAGAAGGUGACCGUGCGAGUUAAACCCCAGAAGGGAGUGCUGGGCGCGAAGGGGAGUGAGAGUGAUAAGGAGCCUCUGCGUCUGGAGUUCAAGUCCUCGGAGGUGGGCGUCUUCCAGAACCAAGUCAAAGUCAAAGUUGAUGACGGUCAACCUGAUCGGACGGUGGAGGUUCUCGCUACCGUUCUUCCUCAGCAUCUGGACAUCCUUUCCGACAAGGGGGCCCCGCUGAAAGUCCUCGACUUCGGUCCUGUUUACUACGGCAGGACCCUCAAGAAGUCCAUCCUAGUCAGCAACAACAGCCCGGAGACGCUCAGCUUCGACGCCCGCGUCGGAGUCAACGAUCCUAAUCAUCCGAUGGCGAUGAUCGGCGGCGACAGUCAAAGUCAAACUCAAAGUCAACACCGGUCAAACAAGGACGAGACGCAGCGAGAACCGGGCCCGGCAGACGAGUUCGUUCCAGUCAGAACCAACGACCGGACGUACGAGGUAGCGUCCUUGGGAGGAGGAGGAGGAGGAGGAGGAGGAGGAGAAGGGGAAGAAGGACUAGGCGGAGGGCGUGGAGGCGCUGUAGGGAGUAUUCCCCCCUUCUCCCAGUACCCUCUGGAGGUCACUUUCCGACCCUUCAAACGUGUCCCCGAUAAGGGGUUUAAGGUGACUGAGCUGACCCCCGCUCAGGAGGUCCAGGAGUUUCAGUAUUUACUGCUUAUCCGGUUCAUAUCUGCAAAACGCCACCUGGCAUUGCGACUGAAAGGGAUCGGGACCCGAUCGAAGAUCCGCCUGGAGCCUCGAACGGUCGACUUCGGCGAAGUGAACGUGUACGAUCAUGCGGAGAGCGUCGUGAUGGUGAAGAACGGCUGUCGGGAUCUGCCGAUCCGGUAUCUGUUCGAGAGGUCUGGAUCGUUCCACGUCAUGCCAAUGAUUGGCUCUCUGGCUCCAGGCCAAUCUCGGGCCGUACUGGUCAGCUUCACACCCAGAGUCCUCGGUAGGCAUAGCAGGGCACUCCAGGCGUACGCCAAGGCUAUAGACUCCAAGAGAUCGGACCCCCCCCUCCAUUCUACCAGCUUGAUGCUGUAUGGGGAUGCCCCCUUCAUUGGCGAGAAAAUAAAACCCCCCUGGCAACUAAAUAAGGUCAAGGAGGACUUUUUCUUGCCGCCAAAAUACAUCAGUGAAGAAAACGUAGCGGUGCGGAGACGAACCGUCAAUCUCAAGGAUGUGCUCAGAAAAAGGUUCAAGAGGCGGGAGCUGUGGGAGCUGCACGUGGGAGAGCAGAUGCCUUUGGCAGGUUACCCCCAGUUCAUGUUGUCGGAUGAUGCACUCAAGAAGCGCAAGGCAAACAGUUUCCAAGAGGGUGCACGUGUCAGUUUCCAAGAGGGUGCAACUGGGGGGGAGGGAAUCCUAUUGGCUCUUGGGGACUGGAGCGCUGCUAUUUCCUAGAUAGGAAUUUUUACUGUAAUCGGGUCGGUCACGUGAAUGCCAAGAG